AGGCGCUCGCCGGGGAGAGCGCAGCGCCGCGCCGGGCUGUGCCGCGCCGCGCCCGGCUUUUCCGCCCGCUCCUGCCGCCGGCGCCGCGCUGUACCAUGGUCGGGGAUCACUGCAGCCUCCCCGGUGAUCGGCCCGUGCUCGCCCAGAGCCCCAAACCUGGACUAAGCUGCAAAAUGGUCCUGCAGGCGGUGGGCAAAGUGCUGCGGAAGUCCAAGGGAAAGCCAAAUGGUAAAAAGCCAGCACCGGAAGAGAAGAAACUUUACCUAGAGCCAGAAUACACAAAAUCAAGAAUUACUGACUUCGAAUUCAAAGAGCUAGUGAUGUUACCGCGAGAAAUAGACCUGAAUGAAUGGCUAGCCAGCAACACAACAACUUUCUUUCAUCACAUCAACUUACAAUAUAGUACAAUCUCAGAAUUCUGUACAGGAGAGUCGUGUCAGACCAUGGCAGUGUGCAAUACACAGUACUACUGGUAUGAUGAGCGGGGAAAGAAGAUCAAGUGCACUGCUCCUCAGUAUGUUGACUUCGUCAUGAGUUCAGUGCAGAAACUAGUGACAGAUGAGGACGUCUUUCCAACAAAAUACGGCAAGGAAUUCCCAAACUCAUUUGAGUCCUUAGUGAAGAAGAUCUGCAAGUACCUGUUCCAUGUGCUGGCCCAUAUCUACUCCUCACACUUUAAGGAGACUUUGGCACUGGAGCUGCACGGACAUUUAAACACACUCUACACACACUUUAUCCUAUUCAUCAGGGAAUUCAACCUGGUGGACCCUAAAGAGACCACCAUCAUGGACGACCUCACAGAGGUCCUCUGCAGCAGCAGCGGGAGCAGCAGUAACGGGAGCGGCAGUGGGAGCAGCAACAGCGCAGGAGCACAGAACCAUGUGAAAGAGAGAUGAGCCUUCCCUGCAGGAUCAAAACUAACAUUAAAAACAAUAUUAUAUAUUUUGUAUGUAUAUGUUCAGAUAUACAUACAGGCAUUACACAGCAGUGAAAGUUGAAAGAAAUUAUGCUGCCACCACAGGACAUGUAGUCGUAUGGGACUGUAUGGAGCUUUGGUUUAAUGCGCCAGCUGGCGUGAAGUUGCACCAAUUUUAUUUUAUUUUCUGUCCACUCCUUUUACCUGUUCAGAUGGAUUAUGAGUGCUGUUUUUAGAGAAGAGCCAAGCUUGAGAGUGGGGCCACUCUUGUUUUUUUGGUUUGGUUUGGUUUUUCUUUCUUUGGUCUUGAGUGCAAGCCCUCUAUCUUUCUAGGAUGGUGGUCCUGCCAUUUUUAAAAAAAUAUCUAUUAUAAGUGACUUUUACUUUGAAGUGGCUUAAAAAUACAGAUUUGUUUGUUUUUGGGGGUGGGGGUUGGUUUUUUUGGUUUGGUUUCACAUAGACUGCCCCUCUCCAUGCCAAAAACUCCUCAGUCAAGUGCAUCUUGCCCUUUGCUAGCUUGGAAUGGGAAGAAACUCCUGGCUUGACUAGAGUAGCAAUUAGGGGGGCUUGCUACAGGUUGAGAGUGGGUGCGAUCUUCCAGUUGUCCCAUCUGCCUGGUCACAGCCUGUGAACGUGCAAGAAGAUCCACAAGUCUUUCUGCUUAUUGCUCCUACAACACAUAUACUCUCCUCUCUGCUUCCUCUUGCCCCGCCUUCUCUUUUUGCAGGCACACCUCUAUGAACAAAAAGAGUAAGAAAGAUCACUGGAGCCCAAAACCCAUGUGCAAGGGCCAUCACCAUUUACUUCCCACUGAAAGGAGGCCCCGGGGGGAGGAGGGUACAUUGGAGUCAGUCCACUGCCUGUGCUAGAAAGAUGGCUGUUGGCAUAAAAUUAUAUCGUUGGCUUAUUUUAGUUCAUCUGUUCUAUAAUAAUAAAAACAAAUCUAUCAGCCAUAA